AUGAGCUAUCAGUUUCCACGCGAUGGCUAUGAAGGCCAGGCCAAUGACUGGGGCGCCAUGGGCCAGGAGUCAGGGUCAGGAGUGCCCCGGCAGCAGACGGACACUGCCGCUGGAACGACGAUCAUCGAGAACGGAGAGGAAGUGACCGAGCUGAAGACAACUUUGGGCACUGGCAAACGGCACGAGGAGAGGCAGCCACCGUUCUCCUUCAUCACCGAUCCCACCAUCAACUCCAUUCUACUAAACAUCAAUCCGCAACUCUUUGUCUCCAAGCUCUUUUAUCUCUUCUUUUACUCAGCAUUUGGAUCACUGUUUCCACUUCUUGCAGUCUACUUCAAACAACUCGGCAUGAAUCCCAUUCAAGCAGCAUCAGCAUGUGUCAUCUUCAAUGAGACCAACCACAUUCUCUUCACGCCUUACAGUAACCAGCCACAGGAAAUCUUCGAUGACACGUCUACACUGUGGCCAAACACUGAGGAGGCAACUCAGACCACUUUGAUAAAUGCUUCUACUUUGUCGCCGGAAUCUGUUCCAAUUCUUGAAGAUGCAGCGAAAUUUGUCAAUUUAGAGUCUCAACACCGAAUCUUUAAAAGAGAUGAAGAGGAGGAGGGAAUAGUACGAAAGUGGGGCAUCAAACAUCGUCCUCCUCCAACUCAUGUGGUCGGUAAAUCGCCCCUAACUGUGGAGUACACUUUGAACUACAACCAAGAUAAACACUCCACCUACGUUUCUCCGCCUUUUUCGACCAUUGUCUACAAACUAGAUGACGUGAAGGAAGUUUUCUUUCUUCUUUUCCUCUUGGUAGUACUGGGUGAGUUCUUCAGCGCUCCAGCAAUUACAUUGGCAGACAGUGCCACACUGAGCUAUCUGGGCGAAGACACAGACAAGUAUGGACAGCAGCGAAUGUACGGCUCAUUCGGUUGGGGUAUAAUCAUGUUCCUCGUGGGCAUAGCACUGGACAACUCCACCAAGUUCAAAGACCACCCCUGUGGGCCGCACAGUGGAGAGCGAAACUACGUUACCUGUUUCUCCAUCUUUGCACUGCUGAUGACGCUCACUCUGCUCAUUGCCACCAAGUUUCAGUUUGAGGAGAGUGACCAGGAGUACAGCAAUGAAAUUCAGAUGAACCAGUACGACUACGAGGCGUCGGGACCGAAGCCGUGGCAGAACACGGCACCGGCCAUCAAUGUGCCCAAGGAUGGCACUGCGGCCCCCAACAGUGGCACUACCAACAAAAAGACCGAGUUUAUUGAUCGAUGGAAGCUUUUAAUUUUAACUGCUUNCGGUCUGGUCUUCACCUUUCUCUUCUGGCACCUUCAGGACCUGGGUGGCACGCCGACGCUGUACGGUUUGGCCAGUGUGAUCAAUCACCUCAGCGAGAUUGCCGCCUACUUCUACAGCAUCAAUCUCAUCAAGCGCAUCGGCCACACCAAGGUACUGUGCGCUGGCCUGCUCUUCAACGCUGCUCGCUUCCUCUACGUGGCCUGGCUCGAUAACCCCUGGUGGGUGUUGCCUUUUGAGCUCAUUCAAGGUGUAACACAUGCGGCCGUUUGGGCAGCCGCCUGCAGCUACAUCAUGGGCUGCACUGAGCCGGAACUUCGGUCAUCAGCGCAGGGUGUAAUGCAGGGCAUCUACCAAGGUCUUGGCAGAGGAAGCGGAUCCAUUCUCGGCGGAAUGAUCAUUCACCGCUUUG